CAUUAAUUUUGAGAAUCUUUUAAAAAGUUUUAAUGACAAUAAAUUUUUCUGGAGUUGGUAUAAUUUUCAACAAAAACUUCAGAAAUUCAAAAACCGCUAUACCCAUAGCAGCUUUAGGAGAAAUCAGCUCUGAAACUAGAAGCUUCAGAAGACUAUUUUCACUCAUUUAUACCGUUGAGGAGCCAAUUCAAAAAGGAGAAGGCAGCUGUUAAAAAAACAAAUUGAAUAUCUAAGUACUCCUGAGAAACCAUUCAUUAAUGCAUCUUUUCAAGUUAUUUCUUCAAAAUUUAGCUUCUUUAUGUGAAAGUUACCAAAAAGAUAAAACCCGUGCAAAAACCCAAAACGGGUUUAAUUAGGUUUUAUUAUCGGUCCGAAUCAAGAAAACAAGACUUGGCAAAGUGACCUCGACCCGUUAACCCAGAAAAUUGCCAUUUCCUGAGAUGAUACUGCACUAACUGCAUACUUCAGUAGUUUAUUUACCUUCAAAGAAAAAUGGUUUGAAGAAAAUUGCUUGAAAUGAAAGUGCACCAUUUCGUGUUUUUGAUAUGGGUACCAGUUUUAGCUUUAUCGGUACCGAUAGUGGAUUUUGAUAUAUGGGGUGACCAACGUCAGGCUAGUUCGAGUUUAGUGGCUGAUAAAGAUUUGAGCAGAUUGCCUAGAGUCUUAAAUUUCUUCCCGGUGCCUUUUGUGGAAGAGUGCAAGGCCAACGAUGGCCGUAGAAGAGGUAUUUGCAUGAACACUUACGAAUGUAGAAUCCAAGGAGGAAAAUCUUAUGGUUUUUGUGCUUUAGGUUUUGGAGUUUGUUGUGUUUUUACUUCAACUUGUGAUAAACAAGUAAUCAACAACAUUACUUACUUUGUUAACCCGGACUUUCCAGAUUUAUCCAAAAACAUGUCUUCGUGUCGAGUUAAAGUGCAAAAAAUCGAACCAGAAGUCACACAAAUUCGAUUCGAUUUUGUACAUUUCAAUUUGGGACAACCAAAUAGAAGUACUGGUGUAUGCGAAGAAGACAUUUUUAGGAUCAGUACUGAAAAUGCUACAAGGGAAUUGACGCUUUGUGGUUACAACAGUGGCCAGCAUCUAUAUUUUGAUGUGGAAAAUGUCGAUGGAAUUCAAAUAGAUAUGGUUUUAGCUAAAAAGGCAGUGCAAAGAAUAUGGGAAGUUGUUAUAACACAAAUACCGUUUGACCAGAGAACACCGCCAGGCUGUUUACAAUAUUUUACAGGUAGUACCGGUGUGAUCCAAACAAUGAAUUUUGCCGACAAUGGUCGUCACUUAGCAAAUCAAGACUACAGCAUUUGCAUCAGACAGGAAUCGAACAUGUGCAGCAUUUCUUAUGAGCAGUGCUCCGAGGAUUCGUUUAGGAUUGCACCCAAUACUGAAAACGAUUUGGACACAAACUCCAUUGAAGAAGGUUCCGGAGACUACGAUAACGAGUUGCAAGAAUCAGUACGAGCCGUGGAUUUGUGCAACGACAAAAUCGUUUUGCCUUGUGACUCAGAAGAACUACUCAUGCCAGGUAUAUUCGGAAUGAACCCGGGCCACUGCAAUUUGAUCCAUUGCGGUUCAACGUUGUGUCCGGCUGGACAAUCGCCUUGCAAAAUUGAAAGCAGCGCUACGCCUUUCAAUAUUGGGGUACAUUUUGGUGAAACAAUCUCAAACGAAUUGUCGCCUGAAGACAAUUUAGGAAUGUGUUUGGUUUAUGAACAAAUACCUUGUGAAUUUUGAUGUCAAUAGUGUGGGUUGUUACCAAGUGCUAGAGAGAUUAUGUUUUAGAAUUAAAUUGUUUAUCAACUAGUCAUUAGAAAGAGAGUCUUUUUGAGUGAACAUUGUCGGUUGAAUUGGAUUCGAUAAUGUUUUUUCUUUGGGCCCUCUUUUCUUAACCUUGUCAGAGAAAUGAUGAUUAUAUAGGUGUACUUUUGAAGCAUUGUCACAGCCUGUUAUUUGCUUUAACGUUUCACCUGUGUUUGAGGGUUCUUGGAUGGAAGAAUUGAAGAAGUUAGGUAUUCAGCUUAGUGAUUUUUACGAUGCUAUCCCUAUAGAAAUUUUGAUUGGAUUGGACUUUGCUGGCAAACUCUACACUGGACAAACACAUAUUUUGAAGUGUAGGUUGUUGGCCAUGGACACAUUGUUAGGAUGGACACUUAUGGACUGAAUACCUAUAGAAAAAACUAAAAAUGAAUCCAUUACAGCUAUUUCUUUUGUUUGUUAACAACGCAUCACUUACUCAACUUUGGCAAACGAAUUAUCAUCUUGCCAAGAAACGUCUAUCCAGCACUUUAAACAAAUUGGCAAAUAAUGACCUUGUAAAUUCCUACAAUCAAGUUUUCAAUGAAUAGGAAAAUGAAU